GUCGAUAUAUCGCUGUCCCUGGUGUAGAUGCAAGAAGAAGCAUAACGGUGCAGCAGCAGCUCUAUUUUCGUGAUAGUUUUUCCCAAUUAGUGCUAAAAUUAAUAACCAUAGAUGCCAUUUUGCCACAAACAAGCAUUUGCGAAAUGACGUGCCUUGCCUGAGCUGCUUACAUAACAAUGCACUAGUCGCGCAAUAGGGCCACACGAACAUCGAUCACCCGGGAUUAGCGAGGCUUACACUUGGACUACAUGGCGACUGUGGCGGAGGGCAGCAAAAUGCUCGAGGCGGCGCUCCAGCAAAUGGACGGCCUCAUAUCGAGCACGGCCACGCAGGCGGGAUCGGUGUCGGUGUCGGGAGCAGGAGCCUCCUUGACCCUCAGUGAGCGCAACUUGAUUUCGGCCACCAAUGUUCUAACGACGGCCAAGACUUUGGCUCUGGCCCUGCAACAGGUCGGCCUGGCUGCCCCAGCCCCGGAUCCCGUCACGGCGGCCAUCAUCAGCGACUGGCUGGAGACGCACAUACCGCGCCAGGACUCAGACGAGCGGAUGCGUCGCCUGCAGCGGGACAAGGAGGGCCUGGCCCUGCAGUACCAAAUGCUGGCGGAGCGGGUGUCCGAACAGGCGGACAAGAUCAUUGAGCUGGAGGGCCUGAUCACGGAGAAGAGCCAGCAGUUGUGCACGAAGGAGGAGCAGCUGCAGCGCCAGAUGAUAUCGCGAUCCGCCCUCGAAACGCAGAAGCUGGAGCUGAUGAGUGCCUUAAGUGAACUGAAACUGCAUCGCACUGCCUUGGAGCAGGCCAAUGAUGGAGCCGUCAUAUCGGCCAAUAUACCCUACGGCAGUUUGAGCAACAUAAACCAGAAGCCCUUCAUGGGUUCGCCCAAGACGCCGCCCUCGGCGCUGCGCCACCAGAUCAAGCCGCAGUUCCACAGCCUGCCACGAUCCCACGGCAAGCUGGCAAACCACAAUAACAACCGUGCCUUGGACGUCAAUGCCAACAGCAGUGGCAAGCAGCGGAACGUGGCCUUCGCCUCGAACGAACAAAUCCUGAUCGAAGACAGUCCUCAUCAAGCGGAUGAUGUCAUGACCUCCAGCUUCAUGUCACAGUUCACGCCCUCGCCAAAGCUGCGAGAACGAUCUGCCCGUGGCUUGCGGAAUAUUCUAGGCAAGCUAAGGCGCAGCAACAGCAGCAACUGCGAGCUGACCGCCUUGGAGCAGGCGGAGCCCGAGUUUCGGCGCGGCGGUUCCAGAGCCACCGCCGGCGGACGUAUCGAGUGGAGUGCCCAGACGCCCUUGUUCGGCGAAAACGAGAAGCACUGGACCACGUGGGAUGCACAGGAGGUGUGCAACUGGCUGGGCUACAUGGGUCUGGGCUGCUAUGAGGACAAUUGCCGAAAAUGGCUGAGAGCCAAUCCAUCGGUGUCGAUCUUCACCGCCUCGCCUGUGGACAUUGAACGAGAGCUAAACCUAAAGCUGCCGCUUCACCGGAAGAAGAUAUUGUUGGCCAUCGACGACGUCACUGGAAAGGAGUUCGACGACCUUACGUUAAAGGCUUCCAUCCUGGAUGUGGCCUGGGUUCUACGCUGGCUGGACGACAUUGGUUUGCCCCAGUACAAGGAUUACUUUAUGCAGGCCAAGGUCGACGGGCGAAUGCUGCACCGUCUCACGCUGGAGGACCUGUCCCAGCUGCAUGUUAGCUCCUGUCUGCACAUAGCCUCGUUACGAGCGGGAAUCUUGUGCAUGCGCCGCUUGUCCUGGAACGCAGAGGGUCUGAUUCGGCGCUCCAUCAAGGUGGCCAGCGAGGAGGAGCCCGCUGGCAGUCCGGACAGGGACAACGUGGAGCUGUGGACGGCGCACCGCAUUAUGGGCUGGCUGCAGACCAUCGACCUGUCCGAGUACACGCCCAAUCUGCGUGGCGCCGGCGUGCAUGGGGCUUUGAUGCUGUACGAGCCGCGCUUCAAUGCGGAUCUGCUGGCCGACCUGCUGUCGAUACCGCCCAGCAAGAGUCUGCUACGCCGCCACCUGGCCAUGCACUUCAAGGAGCUGGUGGGUCGUCCGGUGAUCCUGAGCAAGCGCGACGCCGAAUCGGCACCUGGCUAUCAACCGCUGAACAUUACCGACAAACUGAAGCCGGUCAAACGCAGCCAGUUCUCGCUGAAGCGUCGCAAGAGCUCGAAGUCGCAAAGCGACGUUGAUUGGACGGAGUACGUGUGCCCCAUGAAUGCCAGGGUGCCGGAAUCUUCGCUAACGGAGACGACCAAGGACCACGAGAGCUCAAUGAGUUCCAACUAAGGACCAAGUCGGAUGACGCACAAAUCGAUUGCAUACGACAAAAUGUUUUCUAGUUGUAAGCCCAACCCUGAACCUACCCGAUACCCAAGUGGAUGAACUGCCACCUGAACCAAUUAAGCAACCAAAUCCACAAGUCGAGCGACAAUAUUAGAGAGAAUUUAUCCGGGCAUGCCCAAUCUUCCAAACAUCUUUCGAUUGAAUUCGAGGCGAAAUUCUUUUGACAACCUAAGCAUACCAGCAAACAUUUUGGAAAUCUUUAUAUUAACUGUAACUAACAUUUAGGCUAAUCUGGAACCGGGAUGCAUUGACAUCUUUUGGAUAAGCAUGAUAACGAGAAGUAUUCGCAAUGGCAUUGAAACGACCUUGAGCGCGAGCAUAACCCCCUUAUAGACUUAUCGCCCAUUUUGGAGUUUAUCUUUUGUACUAACACGUAUUGUAAAUGUAUGGACGGAUAUUUUGUGAAAUACAAACUACGAUGCCUUUUACAACCAAA